AUGUCCUCUUCCACCCACUUCCCGGACUCCAACAACUUCCAAAACCAGUCAGAUGAAUUUGCUAUCUGGCUAUCAUCCAGGCCCGGCGUCAAAGUCAAUCCCAAGAUCCGCAUCGCAGACUUAAGGGUCAAUGCUGCCGGGCGAGGUGUCGUGGCUCAAGCCGAUAUCGACGACGGCGAAGAACUUUUCACCAUCCCGCGAGAUCUCGUCCUCUCGACCCACAAUUCGAAGCUAAAGGAUUUGCUCUCGCAGGACCUUGAGCAGCUCGGCCCAUGGCUGUCUUUGAUGCUGGUUAUGAUCUUCGAGUACUUGCAGGGUGAUCGGUCUACUUGGGCGCCAUACUUCAGGGUCUUGCCGCAGAGUUUCGACACCCUGAUGUUUUGGUCGCCGGCCGAGCUUGAAGAGCUCCGGGGGAGCGCUGUUGUGGAGAAGAUUGGAAGGCAGGGGGCUGAGGAAUCUAUUCUGCAGUAUAUUGUUCCUGUUGUUCGAGCGAAUCCUGCUCUGUUCCCUCCGAUUGGUGGACACGCUUCGUAUGAUGGUGAUGUGGGUGCUCAGGCGCUCCUGAACCUCGCUCAUAUGAUGGGGUCCCUAAUCAUGGCCUACGCAUUCGACGUGGAGAAACCGGAGAACGAAGACGAGCGCGACGGUGAGGAUGGAUAUCUCACCGAUGAUGAAGAGGAGCAGUCCUCUAAGGGCAUGGUGCCUCUGGCUGAUAUGCUUAACGCGGAUGCUGACAGGAAUAAUGCCCGCCUCUUCCAAGAAGAGGAAUCAUUGAUCAUGAAGGCCAUCAAACCCAUCCGAGCCGGAGAGGAGAUCUUCAACGAUUAUGGAGAGAUUCCUCGUUCUGAUCUUUUGAGACGGUACGGUUACGUUACGGACAACUACGCUUCGUACGAUGUCGUUGAGCUUCCACUCGACCUCAUUUGCUUUUCAGCUGGUCUCACCGACUCCAACGUCGAGAAUCAACCAAGGCUCCAACUACUCGAAGAACUGGAACUUCUAGAUGACGGCUAUGCCAUUCUCAGGCCAACACCUGAAGAUAUGCUCCCGGACAUCAUUCCAGCAGAACUCAUCGUGCUUCUCCAAACUCUGACCCUGUCACCAGAGCAAUUGGCUCAUCAACAGAAGAAGCAGAAACCACCAAAACCGGCCUUCAGCCAAAAAGAAGCGCGAAUCCUUUUCGAUACGAUCUUAGUAAGCCAAAAACGAUACAGCACGACGAUAGAGCAAGAUCAGCAGCUCCUCGCCCGGAUCAAUCACUUCGAAGCCUUGUCUCCUCUUGAAGGAUCUGACCGACGGCGCAAAAUGGCUAUCCAAGUUCGCCUUGGGGAGAAAGAGGUCUUCGAAGCCAUCAAGGCCAAAAUCAACGACCACUUCGCAAACAGUUCGACUUCAAAGCGCACCGCUGACGAUGACGGCGACGAUCUCAGACGAACGAAAAUCCAGAGGGCCUAA